AUGGUUUUGCUUCACUUUGCGCAUCCCAAAGGUUUAAAUGCUCCCGCUUCAAUCUUGGGGCCCCUCAAGCUCUCCUCGAAGACCAAGCAGCAACUCAAGAAUGUGAACAGCGUAGAUGAUCUCCUGCAGCUCAUAGGCUUCCCGGAUCUUCUCAUCGACCAGGAAUAUACAUUACAGAAGUUGGCUGCAGUAAAGGAAUCGCCUGCCUUUACUAGAACAGCACGUCAAAGACGAUCGCAAACUAGAAAAAUCUCGAGACAGCAGCACGGGAGCCUCGCAGUGGAGGCCAACUGUGACGUGGAGCUGCAGAGUGUGCAGCUGAAGACUCUCCCAGGCGCUCAGCUGUUUCCUUCCUGUGUGAGGCUGUCUAGGUGUGGUGGCUGUUGUCCUAAGGAACGACAAUGUACCCCAGUUAACACAACCACACGACACCUCAAGGUGAGUGCUCUGCCCUUUACUCUUGCGCACCUCAAGGUGAGUGCUCUGCUUCACUCUUGCGCACUCAAGGUUAGUGCUCGCUUCACUCUUGCGCCCCUCAAGGAUAAUCAAAACAAACACCAUCCGGAACAGUUCCAGAGUAAGAUCCGCCAGCUGCUGGGAGCUAAGAUGAUAAAGAAGUGA